AUGAGCCGGGACCAUGCGGACCAAGGGCAGCGCCAAUCUACAGGCCGACAGCGUCGACAAGCUGACGACCUCAAGCUCACGCCUGGUCAUAACGCGCAGCCGUUUGUCGAUAUCUCGACGCCGUCGCUCCCUUCCGGUCACCACAAGCCGUUGACAGCGUGUACAAUCACGCCGGAGUCAACUACUGGCUCGGCACUUGCCUACGCAAUGGCAGCGCCGUCGGUGUCGCCCCCUCCCCCUCCCCUAUCUAGGACGUCCAACUUCACGGACAGCAAUCAAUUCAUGACCAUGGACUCGACUACUACUCACCUAAUUGGACGUGGCCCAGCUCGACUGAGUGCCAAUUGCAGGAACAGUCCAGGCAACCGACGACGUCGCGUAGACGUCCAGGCCAUGCUCCGAUCGUCGACGGUGCGCCAGAGUCUCGCUCGAGGAUCCAGCAUGUCGUCGAUGCUAUCGUCAAUGGGUGGCCCUUGCUACGGACCGCAGCCAGGGAGUGACAUCGGGUCGGUGCCGGUACUUGGCAACUGCACUUUUGAGCAGAAGUACAAUGUGGCUAUCAGUAUGAACAACUGCGGCGUCAAUGACAAGAACGAUCCCAUGUACACGCCCAUGGAGAAGUUGUACGCACUACGCGAUGUGAUGAGCAGCCUCACGUCGAAAGACGGCUGUAUUAAGCGCAAGACUUUCUCCAAGGCAUUUGAAGUCGAUGAGAGCGAGUAUGAUGGCUACGCUACAAAUGACGGCACGAUUAAUGGCACUGCUAUUCUCAUUGACGCUGUCAUGGAACUCGAAGUUGGCGCUGAAGAGAAGCUGCGAUUUAUGUUUGAGACGCUUGAUCCGGAAAACACCGGCUAUGUGGUCGAGGACCAGAUUGUUCAGCUACUGGAGUCGAAUUUCUCGGAAGCCCGUUUGAACGUGGUUGGCACGGACUUUAAGUCGGUGGCGAAGCUCAUGUUCAGCAAAGCUCAAGUCAAAGACGAGGCCAUGACAUUUGAGCAGUUCUGCAGCGUGUUUGCGCCUUACAUUAACGAUUCCUACAAUCUCCGCAAGUCGGAAACCAAGUACACGGCUCCUCUAGCUCCGAAAAGCAAGUUGGGCGCCUGGUAUUGCGCCAACAAACUCCGGAUGUGGUGGCUCUUUGUGUACAUUCUCCUGAACAACUUCGCUUUCUGGAUCAAGUGGUUCUCGUGUGGAGUGGAUCCUGCCAUCGGGUGGGGCUUGCGCAUUGCACGUGCCAACGCCCAGGUUGCCAUGCUGAACUGUGUGUUCGUUCUGCUCCCCAUGUGCCGUUCCAUCACACAAGUCAUGAAGCGAAGUCGGUUUCUGUGGCGCUACAUCCCGUUCGACGACAGUAUCGCAUUUCACAAGAUUGCGGGUUCUGUGCUGCUGAUUGCCGGCCUCAUUCACACGGUCGCCCACGUGUUUAAUGAGGUCAACCUGUUUGUAGUUGCGACGCCGGAAGAAGUGGCACACUCGAUCUUCGCUACGCGUCACGUAUUCAUUGACGGCAAGCUUCCCCCGUUCACUAUGAUGAUUCAGUCGCUUCCAAUAUGGACGGGCGUGAUCCUGCUCCUGAUCACUUGCAUUUCGUUUCCAUUGGCCGCGAUUCCCAAGUUCCGUCAGGGCAACUUCAACCUUUUUUGGUAUUCACACAUGCUCUUUGGACCCUUCUUGGUCGUACUGGCGGUCCAUGGCGCUGCAUCAUGGCUCGCUCGCAGCUCUUCGUACAUGUGGAUCACUCCUCCGUUUCUGAUCUACCUGGUCGAGCGUCGUUUCCGCUACGCCAAAUUGUUUGCUGCGCCAGUGCGUAUCAUAGAAGCCAUGGAGCUGGAUGGCACCGUUGCUUUGUUCAUGGAGAAGCCCCGCCGUUUCGAGUAUCGUCCUGGCAUGUACAUGUUCGUCAAUUGCCCACUGAUCUCUCCGCAUGAGUGGCACCCGUUCACUAUUUCGUCGGCCCCCGGGGACAACUACAUCAGCGUCCACAUCCGUGCUUGUGGUGACUGGACACAAGCUUUGUCACGCGUCAUCUCGGGUUGUCACGAACGGAAGGCGGUGUACCCGGACAUUUAUUUGGAUGGGCCGGUGGGUGCUCCGACUCAGGAUUAUCACCGCUACAAGACCGUCAUUUGUGUUGGUGGUGGCAUUGGUGUCACCCCGUUCGCUUCCAUCUUGAAAGACGUAGUGCACUUGUGGGAAGACAAUCGCUGUCGGAACUGCAGCCACGUCCGACACCCGGGCUUGUUCAAGAUCCAGAAGCUGUAUUUCCACUGGGUAACUCGUGGCCAGGAGUCUCUGAGCUGGUUUGAAGAGACGAUGAACCAGAUCUCGGAGAUGGACAAGGACAACGUGAUUGAGACUCACCAGUACUUGAGCACAUUGAAGGGCAGCGAGAAUACGUCGCAGCUGAAGAUGUUUCAGGAGUUUGUGCACAAACAGACUGGCAGGGACUUUGUGUCAGGACUGAGCACGAAGCAGCUCACGCACUUUGGCCGCCCCGACUGGGACAAGGUGUUUGCCCAGGCUCGAGCCAAUCAUCCAGGCGAGGAAGUCGGUGUGUUCUACUGCGGUCCGCACAUGCUCGAGGAGAUCUUGGACAACACUUGCAAACGGUUUUCAUCUUCGGGUGUGAACGGCACGGUUUUCGACUUUCACUCAGAGAAGUUUGCCUAG